AAAUAUAUUUAUUUAUUGAAUGCAUUUGUAAAUUUCUACAAAGAACUUUUUAAGAAAGGAAAAUUUCAAUGGAUAGUAUAACUAGUUUCAAGAAACGGAAAGAAGAGAAAGUCAAAUCGUUGGCUGGGCUCACACAUGAGUGCGGUGUUUUUGGAGCAAUUGGAAAAAAGGUGUUUGAAGGCAAUAAUAAAAGCGAAAUUGCCCAUAUAGUGUAUAUAGGGUUAGAAGCUUUACAGCAUAGAGGUCAAGAAUCUACAGGAUUAGUCACAAGUAUUGGUAAUAAUGAUUUCCAUAUCCACAAAGGCAUGGGGCUUGUGAAGGAUGUUUUUAAGAAAGAUGACUUGAAAAAUUUAGUAGGUCACAUAGGAAUUGGACAUACUAGGUAUUCUACAAGCGGUGCAAGCACUAAUGUACACUCUCAGCCAUUUGUAGUCCAUUCUAUGCAUGGAUCUUUAGCUGUAGCUCAUAAUGGAGAACUGGUAAACUGUGACAGCUUGAGAAAAAUGGUUCUAGAUAGAGGUGUGGGUUUAUCUACUCAUUCAGAUAGUGAAUUGAUUACUCAGGCUCUUUGUCUCAUUCCUCCAGAUGGUGAAGUCAAUGGACCAGACUGGGUGGCAAGAAUAAGGCAUGUCAUGCAUCUAGCUCCUCUCAGUUAUUCUUUAGUUAUCAUGUUGAAAGAUAGGAUCUACGCAGUAAGAGACCCAUAUGGAAAUCGUCCUUUGUGCUUAGGAAAGAUCUUAACUCAAGAAAAUGAACGAAAUAACCAACAUACUACACUCAAUGGUCAUGAUCAGGAAGAUGACUUGGAAGAUUGUGAUGGAUGGGUUGUUUCUUCUGAAUCAUGUGCCUUCUUAAAUCAUAUGAGAUAUUUGAGAGAAGUUCUCCCAGGGGAAAUUGUCGAGAUAACACAAGAAGGUGCCAAAACCAUGGACAUAGUGCCUUUACCAGUGGGAAAACCAUUAGCAUUUUGUAUAUUUGAAUAUGUUUAUUUUGCUAAACCAAACAGUAUUUUUGAGGGACAAGAAGUAUAUGAAGUAAGAAUGGAAUGUGGAAAACAGUUGGCUAUAGAAUCACCUGUUGAAGCAGAUGUUGUUGGUUCUGUUCCGGAAUCUGGAAACGCAGCUGCUCAUGGAUAUUCCCAGAAAACAGGUAUACCGUUCAGAGAACUACUGGCGAAAAACAAUUAUGUAGGUAGAACUUUCAUCCAGCCUUGCAACAGAAUGAGACAAGUUAAAGUAGCUUUGAAGUUCAGUGCAAUAUCAUCAAAUGUCAGAGGAAAAAGAAUAAUUCUCAUAGACGAUUCUAUUGUGAGAGGAAAUACAAUGAGUCCGAUAAUCAAGUUGCUGAGGAGGGCAGGAGCCUUGGAGGUUCACAUACGUGUUGCCAGCCCUCCCAUUAAACAUCCUUGCUAUAUGGGAAUCAACAUUCCAACUAGUGAGGAAUUAAUUGCAAAUAAGUUGAAGUCCGAUGAUAUAGCGAAGAAAGUUGAUGCAGACAGUUUGGAGUACCUUAGUGUUGAAGGCUUAUUGGAAGCAGUUCAAAGGAACAACCCAAAUAAGAAAAAAGGUCAUUGUACAGCCUGCCUUACAGGAAUUUACCCUGGAGGUAUUCCACAAGAUUUGGAAUGGUGAAAUAUUACUGGUUGAUUUUCAAGUCAAAGUUAUAUCAUCUGUGCAAUAAGUAAUGCACAUAUCGUUUCUCAACUCAACUCCUUUCCAGUGAUGCACUUUUCAUAUUGAAUCGGCUGUCGGUAGCAACUGGAAAGAUUUCAAAAACGACUGGGCAGCAGGUGCUACUUAUAUUCAAUUGUUAGUAUUAAGGUUAUCAUAAAAAUAAGUAUUUUUUUAAAUAAGCAUUUUUUAAAUAAAUUUUUAUAUGUUAAAACUGACAAUUAUACAAAUUGUCAUGGAUAUUGAACAAACCAGAUAUUAAAUUAACGCAAAUAUAUUCACUUAAAUUGUUUGGAAGUGUCCUUUUCAGAACUAUCAGUAUUAUAUGAUUCGUCAUUGUUGUAUAUCGGUAAAAUUUAUUAAUUUUUCAAUAAAAAUUUCAACUUCUA